CUACCAUGGCUAGCAUGCGCGCUGUUAAGAUUUUUAUUCCGAGACAAAACCUUUAUUGUGAAAUGUUGCGGUUGCACAUCCGGGUCACUGACUAUUGAGCUUUCCAUUACUACCAUUGCCUGCUAGCCGCAGUUGUGGGAAAGAAAGGCAAUAAACAUGCAACUGUCUGUAGUAAAUGUCGCUGCUUUCUCCUUUUUCCAGGUUUUAUUGUCUUUUUCGUGUUUUGAUGUGGUUGCGGAAGCCGCCAGUGGGAGAGGAUUUGGGGACAAUAUCCACUGGAGGACGCUGGAAGAUGGGAAGAAGGAAGCUGAAGCCAGCGGGCUGCCGAUCAUGCUCAUCAUCCACAAGAGCUGGUGUGGAGCCUGCAAAGCCCUGAAGCCCAAAUUUGCUGAAUCCAAGGAAAUCUCUGAACUGGCACACAACUUUGUAAUGGUGAAUGUGGAGGAUGAAGAGGAGCCCAAGGAUGAAGCCUUCAGCCCAGACGGUGGAUACAUUCCUCGGAUUCUUUUCCUCGAUCCGAGAGGCAAAGUCCAUCCAGAAAUCAGCAACAAAAAUGGGAAUCCCAACUACAAGUACUUCUACAGCACAGCAGAGCAGGUUUGGUCAGCGAUGGAAGAAGCUCAGGAGAAGCUGACGGGCGACGCCUUUAAACAGGGUCACACCGGAGACGAGCUGUGAGGAGACAGCGGAACGGGGAGCGCCUCCAGGCUGUAAGGGCUACACAUCUUCUCCCUCCAACAGGCCCUCUUGAUGUUUAGAAACCCAGUUCGGUCUCCUCUGACUGAACCAAACUCACUUUUGAACCACCGGUGCUUGAUUUCUUUUUUUCUCGUGUCCUGCACGGUUUUCCCUGCUCUGUUAGCUGUCAUUGUUUAUUAUAACUGUACGUUACUGACUAAAAUGCCAUAUUAUACCUGAUAUCUGUAGAGGAUUUUAAUCAGCUCUAGUUACUAUAAAUGCUUUACUCCCAUUUGAGUACAACGUUUGGUUCGGACUCCGAACCCACAGAGACUCCGACCGUCGGAGUUUCCGUGACUUGAGGGAGUCUGUGAAUUUUCAUCAAUCAAAUAUUUAAAAAUAAUGGUAUGUUUUAUCUUUUUAAAUACCAGAUUAUUUAGUCUUGACUCAAUCAUAAAAUUGGUUGCACUGUCAUUGCAACCUUAUAAGUGACUUAUUAGCAAGGUCUUUAUGAGUUUAAAGCUGAACAAUAUGGAGAUCACAAUUUUUUAGACAGCCAUAAAAUCAGUUAUCUUAGCUUUCAUGAGUUGAGUACCAAAACCAUAAAAUUUUUCUGUCUUUAUUCAGAUCAGUGAUUUACUGUAAUAUUUAGACAUUAAUCUAGUUUUCUUUCCUUAAAGGGUCAUCUCAUAAAAAAGGGUUUCUUUAGAAGAGUUGCAUUGUUUUCUUGGAUUAAUGUGAAAGCCAGAUUUCAAUGUCCACAAAAAGAAACGGGCCUAAAGCCUCCUGAUGAAGGCCUUAAAACUGUAAGAACGGUUAAUAACUUCCAUUUUUAAAGUUAGCAGGAUUUUCCUUCUCUCCAUCUGUGGUUCUUUAUUAGCCAUUAAAUAUUAACAACUAAAGCAAUGUGCUUCCAAAAAUCCUCUACAGUAUUGUGUGGUAAUAUUCACAAUAUGACCUAUAAUUUACACAACCAAGUCUUUUAAAUAACAAGUCCUGCCAUAUUUACGUGUGUCGUUUCUGUUCUGCAUGUGAUGUAAAACUCUUACAUGCCUUUUUAAUCUUCAAUUAAAGAAGAGUGGAUGUUGGUUUAGUGAAUUGAUGUAUUUUAUACAGCCAAGUGUGUAAAUUAAAAUGUUGUAACGAGUGA